UUAAAUUCUACAAUAUGUUACAAGUUAACCUAAAAUAAAAUGAAAUUAUAGGAACAGUAAGUGGAAUCGGUACUAAAAGCAGCCGAUUCAAAUACCUGAACUUGUUACAUUAUCAAGAUUAGCUACCAUUCACACUGCUGCGAUUUAUGUUGCUAGGGCUAGCACGAGGUGAUUAAAGAAAAACCAAACAAUGUAAUACAAGAAUUAUAUUAUAUUUAUAAACACACACUAAUAAAUUAAACAUUUACAGUUUCAAGCUGCUACAAUCAAAAGCUGCUGUGAGAAAGGUUUUGUCUGGAAAUCCGAACAAACUUGAAAAUUGUUUGAUCGCGGAUCUAACCUCAAAAUGGCCGAAAGCACAGCUCCAGCGGAAGGAAACAACCAGAACUGUUCGUUCUGCGAGGAUGUUGACGGGGUGGACGACAUGGUCCAAUGCGACGUUUGUGACCUGUGGGCUCAUUACCGGUGUGCCGGUGUGACGGAAGCGGUCAAAAAUGAAAGCUGGAGUUGCUCGAAGUGUAGCAUUCAACUACAGGUACCAAAACCUGGUAGGAAGGCACCCGUGAAGAAGGGGCCGCCUAGAAAAACAGGUACAAAGAGCGACGCCGGGUCCGAUAUCAGCAAAGGAAGCGCACAAGGGUCUAAUGUUGAAUCUUCGCUCCAACAAUUGUAUCUAGAGCAGGAAGCUAAAGAGAAGGAAUUGGAGGAGCAAAAAUUAUUUUAUGAGAGGCGCUUAGAGAUAGAGCGUUCCUUUCUGCAGCGAAAGCGGGCGCAACAACAAGAUAUGUUGCUUAAGGAGAGGCAACUAUUGGAGAAACGUCUGUCCGACGAACGGGAAUUUUUAGAACGGCAGCAGGCACUCCGGACCCAAUUCCGGCACAUGAAACUAGAGCUAUCCCGUCAAUUCGAGGGUACGGAUGAUGAAGUAGACGAGGAAAGUCCGGAAGGUGCGGCUGAUAAAGUCCAGCAGUGGAUGAAAUCCAACCGGCAGGAUCCUCGAGGUGCGUAUCCGAAGCAGCAAGAGAGAGUUACUACAUCUUCAUCGGGCGACAGAGAGGCCAUCGAAGAUGAGGAUAAGGCGGAAAAGCUAAAGCGAGACAGUCUAGUCGGAAAUGUCAUCGGUGCACGUUCGGUUGCCACAAAAGGCAACACAAUACAAAGCAAAACAGGAUCGAGCAGCGUAAACAAUCGAUUAUUAGAACAGGUUAUUCUCCAACGCCCAUUGAAAGGAUCUGUAUCUUUUGCACAUGAGCAGAAUCCUCACGUGGAGACGGAUUUCGAGGGAGAGGAAAUAGAUCCGUUGUACGAUGCAGACUGGACGGAGGAGGAAGAAGCAACCAUUCGUAAUAUAUUAAACCGUCGAAGGCAAAACAGGUCGGGGUUGUUACAGAGUAAUCCGUCACCAACCCGUGGUCCAACUCAAGCGCAGUUAGCUGCACGACAAGCUGCUUCGAGGCAUUUGCCAAUCUUCAAAGGUGAGCCAGAGGUGUGGCCGCUUUUUAUAAGCUGCUUUGAAUACACGACAGCAGCUUGCGGCUACACAAAUACUGAUAACCUGAAGAGACUUCAGGAUAGUCUACAGGGUUUUGCGAAAGAAGCCGUCCAAAGCCGCCUUUUAUUACCCGAGUCCGUGCCAGAGGUCGUAGAGGACCUGCGCAAAUUAUUCGGAAAUCCCGAAAAGCUACUCAAAACUCUGGUAGCGAAAGUUCGGAACGCUCAAGCCCCUAGACUGGACAAGUUAGAGACAUUUCUUUAUUUCGGGAUCACCGUCAAGCAAUUAUGCGACCACCUCGAAGCAGCCGGAUUGCGAGAUCACUUGAGUAACCCUAUGCUUGUACAGGAGUUGGUUAGCAAGUUGCCUCCUUCGUACAAACUUGACUGGGUACGAUUCAAGCGAGGCAGGUGUGGAACUCCGCUCAGAAUAUUCACGGACUUUACAAACGAAAUCGUUUCCGAAGUUUCGGAAGUAACUGAGUUUACCGGAACUGAACAACAUACGUUAAGAGAGCCAAUGAGAAGCAGUAAACCAAAAAGAAAUGAAUAUCUGCACGCUCAUACAACGCAUGGCGGACAGUCUGGAGGGAUGCUGCUCCCGGCACAGCAAAAAAGCAAGAAGUCGUGUGUCGUAUGCAAAAGAACCGACCACAAGUUGCGAUUUUGUGACGACUUCGUUAAGUUGGGCCUGCGAGAUCGGGCUAAGGUUGUGGAGAAACACAAACUCUGUCCAGUUUGUCUUAACGACCAUGGCAACGCACGGUGCACGUUCAACGUCAAAUGUAAUGUAAACAACUGUAGAGGUGGUCAUCACCCGCUACUUCAUCGUGCCGAAGAAGUCAUUCAGGUCGCACGCGUUGAAUUGAAUACUCACGAAUGUCAAGCUUCCAUUCUAUUCCGGAUGAUUCCGAUAACCCUUUAUUACGGGGAAAACUCGGUUGAUUCCAUCGCCUUUCUAGACGAAGGCGCAUCCACAACGUUGGUAGAAAGCACUAUAACUGAUAGACUCAACGCAGAAGGAAUACCGGAACCACUAGUCGUCGUGUGGACGGCCAACAUGAAACGUCAUGAAGACCAGUCCAGGAGAGUAAAUCUAUCGAUCUCGUCAAGGGGAAGCGACAUUAGGCAUCAGCUAGCAGAGGCGCGUACCGUUACAGAUCUGGUAUUACCGCAGCAAAGUAUCAACUUUAAGGAAAUGGCGAAACGUUUCAAGCAUUUGCGCGGUUUGCCAGUGAUCGACUACAAUAAAGAUACGCCGAGGGUGCUAAUCGGAUUGGACAAUCUGCAUUUGUUUGCGCCGUUAGAAUCUAGAGUUGGAGGCCCUGGUGAACCGAUCGCAGUGCGCUCAACCCUUGGAUGGACAGUGUAUGGAGUAACCCGACAAAAAAUAUCGCCCCGCGUUUUCGUCAGCCACCAUUCAAUCCAACCUGUGAGUAACGAGGAACUACACGAGAUGCUAGGUACACAAUACCGCUUGGAGGAGUCCUGUACGCCUGUUGUUCCCCUACUGGAAUCUAACGAGGAUCAGCGAGCACGAGAGGUUUUGGAGAAAACGACAAUCAGAAUAGGGGAUCGCUUCGAAACCGGUCUGAUCUGGAAAGAGGAUUAUACAACAUUUCCCGAUAGCUACCCGAUGGCAAUGAAACGAUUGAAGGCGCUAGAACGUCGACUUGCCAAAAAUCCGGAGCUACAACGGAAUGUGUUCCAGCAGAUCGUGGAGUAUCAGCAGAAGGGGUACUGCCAUAAAGCAUCGAAAAUAGAGCUUGGUAAUGCAGAUGCGAAUAGGGUAUGGUAUUUACCAUUAAAUGUAGUUCUUAAUCCCAAGAAACCGGGCAAAAUCCGCCUAGUUUGGGACGCAGCGGCGACUGUCGACGGAGUAUCUUUGAACUCCCGCUUGCUUAAAGGCCCCGAUCUAUUAACCUCACUCCCUUCUGUAAUUUGCAAAUUCCGGGAAAGGGCCAUCGCAUUUGGUGGUGACGUACGCGAAAUGUACCACCAACUGCGUAUACGUGAAGCAGACAAAUCGGCACAAAGAUUCCUCUUCCGAUUCGACCCCGAGAAGUCCCCCGAUGUGUACGUGAUGGACGUAGCUACCUUCGGGUCCACUAGCUCUCCAUGCUCGGCACAAUUCAUUAAAAAUCGCAAUGCCGAGGAAUAUGCAAUACAGUUUCCGGAUGCGGCAAGAGCGAUUAUUGAUCGACAUUAUGUCGACGACUAUUACGAUAGUCUCGACACCGAAGAUGAAGCGGUGCGACGAGCUAAGGAAGUCCGUUACAUUCACUCGAAAGCCGGCUUUGAAAUCCGGAAUUGGGCAUCGAAUUCAACAGAUGUUCUGAGCAAGCUCGGAGAAUCCAAUGUCGAUAAGCUGGUACAUUUUAGUCAAGAUAAAACCACCGAUCAAGAACGAGUUUUGGGUUUAAUCUGGGAUACAGUCCAGGAUGUUUUGUCCUUUUCGGUCCCGUUUCAGACGGAUAUGAUGCACCAGGAAGAGCGACCAACUAAAAGGCAGGUUCUCAGUGCGGUCAUGUCGCUGUUUGACCCUUUGGGCCUCUUAGCACCCUUUACAGUUUUGGGCAAGAUGUUAAUUCAAGACCUUUGGAGGACCGGAUGCGAGUGGGACGAGCUAAUCGACGAUGAGUCAUAUACUAAAUGGCGACAGUGGACGGAAAUGCUACCUGAAAUAGAACGAGUACGAGUUCCCAGGUCUUAUUUUGGGAAUGUUCACUCAGACGACUACGGGCAAAUUCAAUUACACGUAUUUUGCGACGCUGGGGAGAAUGCUUACGGUUGCGCUGGUUAUCUACGGAUCGUCGUCAACGAAGAAGUAAAAUGCUCCUUAGUUAUGGCCCGAUCCAAAAUUGCUCCGCUAAAACAGUUAACGAUUCCGCGACUGGAACUGCAGGCCGCAGUGCUAGCAGCACGGAUGGUGAAGACACUCCAGUUAAACCAUUCACUCGAGAUUAAUCGAGUAUUCAUUUGGAGCGACUCGCAAACUGUGUUGUCGUGGAUUCGAUCCGACCAACGUAAAUAUAAACAGUUCGUCGGUUUUAGGAUUGGGGAGAUUCUGAGCUUGUCGUGUCUUGCGGACUGGAGAUGGUUACCGUCGAAAUUAAACACCGCUGAUUGUUUAACGAAAUGGGGGCGCAAACCCUCGCUGGAAUCAGGAAGUCCAUGGUUCAAUGGACACGAUUUCAUUCAUAAAUCGCCAGAUUCAUGGCCACAACAAGUUCUACCGCCAGCAAAUACGUUAACGGAGAUGAGAGCCACGUUUUUGUUUCAUCACAUAGUAUUGACCGAGCAGUUCAUGGAUGUCAGCAGAGUCUCUAAAUGGAACAUACUUGUGCGAACAGUGACCUGUCUGUUUAGAUUCGUUUCUAAUUGUAGACGUAAAGGCCGUGGACAGCCCAUCGAGAGCCUAAAGCCGACAGAAGUUCAGGCAAAACGAAUUGUGACGAACUUGUCUGCAGUGAGAGUUCCAAUACGCCAAGCAGAAUUCAAAAAAGCCGAAGAGGUGCUGUUCAAAAUGGCACAGAGCGAGGCGUUCGGAGACGAAAUAAAAACAAUUCGCAGAAAUCAGGAAUCAGAUCGUAGUCAAUGGAUUACUCUGGAGAACUCGAGUGUACUACGCGGAAUGACGCUUCUUCUUGAUGAUUCCGGAGUCCUACGGUUGGAAGGCCGUAGUGCAAAUGCGGAGUUUCUACCAUUUGACCUGCGUUUCCCGAUUAUACUGCCGAAGGCCAACGGAGUUACAGAAAAGUUAGUCCAGUAUUUUCAUGAAAGGUUCGGUCAUGCUUUCAGAGAGACGGUGAAGAACGAACUCAAGCAAAGAUUCUUGAUACCAAAGAUAAGUUCCUUGAUCGCUAAGGUUGAAAAGCAAUGUGUUUGGUGUAAAAUUCAUAAGAACCGUCCACACACGCCAAGAAUGGCGGCACUUCCAGUACAACGAUUAACUCCAUUUCAACGGCCUUUCACCUAUGUAGGCGUUGAUUAUCUGGGCCCGGUGGAUGUAACCGUAGGACGACGCACAGAAAAACGGUGGGUCGUGGUCUUCACAUGCCUUGUAGUGCGAGCCAUUCAUCUCGAGGUAGCUCACAACCUUACUGGUCAGUCUUGUGUCAUGGCCAUCCGACGCUUUAUAUGUCGCCGAGGACCAGCAGCGGAGUAUUUCUCAGAUAAUGGAACGAAUCUACGAUCGGCUAGUAAAGAGAUGCUACAACAGUUUCAGGAAAUCAAGGACGAGUGCGCAGAAGAGUUCACAAAUGCCAGAACUAAGUGGCACUUCAAUCCGCCCGCCACGCCACACAUGGGAGGCGUGUGGGAGCGUAUGGUACGAACGGUUAAAGAGGUGAUGAGUGUAUUGAACGACGGCCGCAGACUCAACGACGAAAUUUUAUUGACUUCACUUUCCGAGGCAGAAGAUAUGAUAAACAGCCGUCCUCUUACGUUCGCCCCACAGGAAUCGUCUGUAGCAGCUCUAUCCCCAAAUAUGUUUCUACGAGGAGUAGCACCUAACGAACCACAGGAUGUUAUAACGCCGACGAAUGUGGGUCAGGCACUUCGGGACUCCUACAAACGUUCUCAACAACUGGCAGAUAACAUGUGGCGGCGCUGGAUAAAGGAGUAUAUUCCGAGUAUCAACCAAAGAAACAAAUGGUUUGGAGAAUCCAAGGCUUUGCAAAAGGGAGAUCUAGUCUACGUUGUGGAAGGUGAACGUCGCAAGGUAUGGAUACGCGGGAUCGUCGAAGAAUUAAUCGUGUCUAGCGAUGGAAGAGUACGGCAGGCCAUGGUAAGGACCAACGGCGGGCUAUUUAGACGUGCAACCGCCAACCUAGCGGUAUUGGAGAUAAAUGAGGGUAACACUGAUCCGGUGGCUGGUUCCGAACCAGGAUUACAGGUCGGGGAAUUGUUGAGUUCAACCAUGGUGGGCAAACCCACUGGGUCUGGCGGAAUGCACAAUUCUGUCAUCGCACUAGAGGCAGCUCAGUGA